AUGACCGAUAAAGCCAAUCCAUGUAUCAUCACCAUGUCAUCAUAUCCAUCGAAUCCCAUGUCCGAGGAGCAGCAAUGGGUGGUUAACAUCCGUCGAUCACUCGAAGAAGAAGAAGAAAUUGGACCUGAACUAGAAAUCCCAGCAUCCAUUUUCCAUGUUCCAAAGCUAUUAAUGUCUACUGAUCCAAAUUCAUACAUUCCACAUAUAGUUUCUAUAGGUCCCUACCACCAUUGGCGUCCGCAGCUUUAUGAGAUGGAGAGGUACAAAGUUUCAGCUGCAAAGAUGAUUCAAAAACGGCUCCCCCAGAGCAUUAGAUUCCAUCAUGUUGUGGAUCAAUUGAUCCAACUGGAGCUUAAAGUUCGCGCAAGCUAUCAUAAAUACUUGCAUUUUAGCGAUGAAACGCUAGCAUGGAUGAUGGCAGUUGACGGUUCAUUCUUACUUGAGAUACUGCAAGUCUAUGGCAAUAAAGAAGGUAAGGUGUUCGAUAGAAUUCCUUCGAGAAUAUCGCAUUUGGUCGACAAUGCAGGGCGAAGGACGUCAGCUCACAAUGCGAUUCUUCGCGACUUGGUGAUGUUGGAGAACCAAAUCCCAUUACUUGUACCGAGAAAGAUUUUGGAAGUUCAGUUUCCGUCAAUUAAAUUGGCUGAUCAAAUGCUGCAUCCGAGGUUAGUCGGUUUGUGUAAAGAGCUUUCACCAGUAAAGAUUACAGAGGAAAUGCCAACGAUUGACAUUUCAGAGACUGCUCACUUGCUUGACUAUUUGUAUCACAUGAUUGUGCCUAAAUUAACAGAAGCCCUGCCUUCAGAGGUAACAGAUGAAGUUGUAGGGCGCGAAGAAGAAACCGAAGCCGUGAAAGACAAAGAAGCAUCUUAUUCUUACUCAAGCUAUGUAAUUCAAGUACUUAAUGAGACAUGGAAGCUUCUCCAGAACCUAGACAAGGGUCUCUCACGGCCUCUUAGCGUUGCAUUCAAGUUUCCUUGGACAAUUCUCUGUUCAAUCUUGAGAGGGCCUAUUUUACAUAUGUCCGGGUCAUCACAAGACAAGGAAGAAAGCAAACUAGAAAAUACGAGUAGUGACUCGGACAUCGAAAAGCCACCAUUGAUGGAGGAGAUAGCAGUUCCUUCUGUCUCCAAAUUAAGCAAAUCCGGUGUCCGGUUCUUACCCACAAAUGGUAACAUUUUAAAUAUAAGUUUUGAUGUCAAAACGGUUACAUUUUACCUUCCUGUGGUUACAUUAGAUGUGAACACUGAGGUUGUGUUGAGGAACUUGGUGGCUUAUGAGGCAUCGAGUGCAUCAGGACCGUUGGUUUUUACGCGAUAUACAGAAUUGAUGAAUGGGAUUAUUGAUAGUGAGGAGGAUGUGAAGUUGCUGAGAGAGAAAGGGAUCAUCUUGAAUCAUCUGAAGAGCGAUGAAGAGGCCGCGGAUUUGUGGAAUGGUAUGAGUAAGUCUAUUAGGCUUACUAAAGUGCCAUUCUUGGAUAAAGUGAUUGAAGAUGUGAACAAGUAUUACAAUGGCAGAUGGAAUGUUAAAGCCAAGGGAAUGAUGAAGCAAUGUGUGUAUGGUUCUUGGCCUAUCCUCACAUUCUUUUCUACUAUUUGUCUUUUGAUCCUGAUGGGAUUACAAGCUUUCUGCUCUGCCUAUUCCUGCCAUCAUAUCAAAAUCACUUCUAGUGAUUCAAUUUGAGCUCGAAAUUACUUAUUUCUACGAAAAAUAUGCAUUCAGACAUCUCAUGGACACUCCAACAAGAUCGCAAUGCCAUUGAGGUAUUGGAAAUUCAUUUUAGCAAAUAUUUGUUCAAACAUUCUUAAAGGGAAUAAAAUACGAUUACAGAUGAGCCUGGAAAGUCAGGGGUUACUCGAGUAUCAGAAUUUGUUGCCUGUAUAUAACCUGAGAUAGAUUUUGGUUUAUUGUUCUUUAAUUUGUAUUUGUUUUUUCUUUGAAGGUUGUAUUUUAUUAUACCAAUCAACGUUUAGCUUAAAAAGCAAACACAAA